AUGUCUCGAAUAGAUAUUCAAGGUGAAAUUUUUAAGCCCGGUGAAUCUUAUACUAAUCGACUGAGUAAGAUUCUUGAGGAAUAUCCGGAUGGUUCUCAAAUUCUUCGAGAAAUUAUUCAAAAUUCUGAUGAUGCGAAAAGUAGAUGUCAAUCAUUCAUCCUUGAUCGAAAUACCUACCCGACAAAGAGUUUAUUAGAGCCAAUAUUAAAGGAUUAUAAUGCUACAAAUUUGAAAUUGGAUAGGUACCAAGGACCUGCUCUUUUGUCAAAAAAUGAUACAAUUUUUGAAGAACGUGAUUUCAAGUCACUGUUGAAAUUGGCCGAUAGUGAAAAGUGCGAUCAAUUCGAUAAAAUUGGUGCGAUGGGUCUAGGUUUUAAUUCUAUAUACCAUAUAACAGAUUUACCUAGUUUUAUAACUGGCGAUAAAUAUGUGAUCCUCGAUCCUCAUGAGCGGUAUUUCGAUGGUGGUAUCAAAUUUGACUUUGUUCAAAAUAAAAUGGCUAUCAAUUAUCCAGAUCAGUUUUCCCCUUUUUCUCUUUAUCAUAUUCCACGUGAUCAAAGUUUUAAAGGCACUAUAUUCCGUUAUCCUUUACGCACUACGCAAGAUGCCAUUGAAUCAAAAAUAUCUGAUAAGGAAUAUAACCCUGAUCAAAUCUUGGAAAUGUUUCACAAGUUUUAUGAAAACGAGAGUAUAAAUUGUCUUUUGUUUUUGAAGCAUAUUGAGUGUAUUAAAUUUUAUGAACUUGGUGUAAAUGAGUCGGAACCAAAGUUACUUUACCAAAUUGAACUUGCAAAUGCUGAUAAAAUUCGUCUAAAAAGAGAAUUAAUCGAACAAAAUAUAGGUCCUAUCAUGAAUUCUUUAUCAACUAGAAAGCACACUAACAUUACUUCUUUGGAGUCUCUAUAUGUUGCUAUCUUCCACCAAAAAAUGGGUAUUGAAAAAGUAAAAGUUAGUCAGUGGAUCAUAUUUAAUUGGCUUGGUGAUUUGAAUGAUGUAGAAGAAAAGUUUCAAAGUAAUUCAAGAAAGAAUUACAAAUUUAUUCCAAAUGUUGGCAUUGCUCUUCAAUUCGAUGACUAUACAACUUUUGGGAGAUUAUUUUGCUUUCUUCCUCUACCUAUAUCAAUGCCAUUUCGCGCCUCUGUGCAUGGUCAUUUUGCGGUUAGCGCAAAUAGGCGUUCUCUUUGGACUGCCUCGGAUAAUGAAGAUUUAGCUGAUAAUGCGUUAGCUCACUUAAAAGUUUCAUGGAAUCAAUAUCUUUUCGGUGUUGUCCUUCCACAAGCAUGGAUCAAAUUCUUAAUCUCUCUUCCUUCCGAGAUUUCAUUCAUCAAAUCUCAAGAAUAUUACGACUUUUGGCCUAUAAUUCAAAAUUCAACGUCUGGCGUUUCUAUCAAUCUUUGCAAAGAUCUGUUACUUAAUAUAGUUGAAAAUCUUAAUCAGGAUGUUAAUAUAUUUCAAGGCCCAUUAAAGUUAUACGAACCUGGUUGCAUCUUUGGCAUCUCUGAAACUUAUAAAAAAAUUCCUGCGUCCAAUAAUUUCAAUUUUCGUUUAUUAUCUAUCUCCAAUGGUUAUUUUCCUGAUGAUUCUGCGCGUCCAGAAAUUUCAAAUAUUAUGGAAAGAAUAGGAUUUCCUGUUAUUUUUGUCAAAUCUGAUGUGAAAGAAGCAUUGGAUCGAUCUCGGCAUAAAUAUUCUAUGAAAUACUUUUCACCGCGAAUAAUUCGUGAAUAUCUUCAUAGAAAUAAUUCAAGGUGGAAGGAUCAUCUAUCCAGACAAGAUAAAUUACUAUUAUUCACGUAUAUACUUAAAGAUAAAAAAUACGCUGAUUUUGAUGGACUUGAGAUGAUACCGUUAGCUGAUGGUACUUUUGGAACCAUUUCCCGUGCAACUAAACGUAUUGCGUAUAUCGGUCCUGACAAGAAGCAAAAUUCUGAAAAUAAUGAUGAAAGAGUGAUCUUUGCUAAUUGUCUAAAUCAAUUAAUCGACCAAGAUAUUCCUAGUGAUUUAUGGAUUCAUCUUUACGAAGGUGCAAAAAGUGAAUGGUGUCUCAAUAUAAAAAUUAUGACUCCGUCCGUAAUGUCCGAAAUGAUUAUAAAAUCUUUGAAAGGAUAUUCGGCUACUGAUGAUGAGAUAGAUUCUAAAGAUCAUAUUGAAUGGAUCCAUAGGAUUUGGUCCAACUUAUACAAGGCGCGUUGUGAUUUAAAUGAAUUUCGUUCUAUUCAUUUAUUACCCACAAACCAUGGAACUCUUAGAAAAUUGCAAACUGCCCAAAAAUGUUUUUGGAAUGGUAUUGAUGAUGUUGAUAUCAAAGUACAACCUAUUAUUGAAAAAUUUGGCGCCACAUUUGUUGAUAAAGAUUUUGAGAAACAUGAUUUCUCGGAAUUUGUUACUAAACUUAAAAAUGUUGCCGGUGUUUUGAGAUGCUUUCUUGUCAAUGAAAAUUUUCCAAAAAAUGUACAGCAAAAUUUGAGUUCUCAAGAAACGGCUGAUUUGAUUAAUUAUUUAUGCCAUAGGAGUUCCGGCAUUAGUAAUUCGCCUGAUCUUAUUGAUGUAAUCAAACAUUUUCCAAUCUUUACUGAAGUUGGUAAAGAAAAUGAAUUUAUAUCUCUAAAACCUGAAGCGAGGUCAUGGUAUUUGCUUCCUCGUGAAGAUGAGAUGGACUAUGGUUAUAUAAUUGCUCCACAUACUGUUGGUUUUCUUGCCGUUACUACUACAAAUUUAAGAUUCCUUCUUGAAACCAUUCUCAUGGUUCCAAGAUUAAAGCAAGAGGAUUAUUGGCGUAAAUUUGUGAUCCCAUAUUUAAGAUCUCAGCCUCCUGAUAUUUUUAAAAUAAUGAUCACAAAAAUGUUUGAACGUCUUCCACAACUCAUUUCAAGAGAUGUAAAGUUAAAAAACGAAUUAAAUAAUAUAGAAUUUGUUCCAGCUGGUACAAUUCUAAUGUCGAAAAAUAAUCAGUCUAUGGCCGACAAUUACGAUUUGAGAAAGCCGUGUUGCCUAUAUGAUCCUGAGAAUAAAGACAUUUCUGAGUUAUUUUUUGAUGAUGAAAGCGUGUUUCCUGCUGGAAUUUUCUCCUCAGAUUUCUCAUAUAGAUAUUUACCAUUGUUGAAAGAGUUAGGAAUCAAGUCACGUCUUUCUCCGAGUGAUAUCGUUCAACGAAUAGCUGUUUUUACCAGACGAAGAGAGAGUGACAACCUAAUUGAAUUGAUCUAUCAGAAAUCGAUAAAAUUAUUUCAGUAUAUUGAUGAAAAUUAUGAAGAACUUAUACUCUCUGGCAGUUUUGAUUCUCAAGAAUCAAAUGGUUCUAUCUCUCAAGAAGCAUCACAGCUAGCACUUACUUUAAUGAGUAAAGACUGGAUUCCUGCCGUAGAUCGUCUGGGAAAAAAAUUGUUUUUGAAUUCAUUGGAUUGUCGAAGUGAAAAGAAUAAAAAUUUAGUUGGCCUAGUUCUUCCAUUUGUAGAAUAUUCUCCAAAAAAUGACCUAUUUAUCAGGAAUUUACAAUGGAAUUCAUUUCCAUCUGUGGAUGUUGUUCUCAAGCAACUUAAUUCUUGUAUACAACUACAUCAAGAGCAACAGUCUUCCACUUCUCAAAUUCAACAUGAUAUACCAAUGAUAUGCAACGCAAUAUAUGUAUAUCUAAAUGAAUUAUUAACAUUGAAUGAUUAUGAAUCAAUAUUAAAGUUCAAAAACGGACUUAAGGAAGGGUCUGGAAAAUGGAUUUUAUGUAAUGGAAAAUUUUAUUCUUCUGUUAAUGUCGUGUUCGAGUUUGAGAAAGGUUUUACAAGUGGCGCUUUAGAAAUCGUUCAACUUCCAUGUGAAUAUAUAACUAAAUUCAAAAGGAUGUUUGAAGAAAUGGGUGUUAGACAAAAAAUUGGAAUUUCAGAUUUUAUCGAGAUGGCUAAGGAAUAUCAACAUUGGGAUGCUACAAAGACGUUGACAAUUGAUGAAAUACGUAAUAUUGUUAUGCUUGUUGAUCAUAUAUCACAAAGAAUUAGUAAACCAACUAGGUUCAAUUAUGGCCAUUCCAUGAACAAUUUAAAGGAUGAUUAUGGAUUAGAAAAAUUAUUUAUUCCAAGUACCGAUUGUCAAUUAGUUGAAUUAAGUGAAAUUUUGUAUGAUGAUAUGUUGAAUAAUAGAUUGGACGAAGAAAGGAAAAAUGAUUUUAAAAUAGCACAUUCUUUGAUUUCGUUUGGUGUAGCUAAAUCACUUGGAAUGCGGAUGCUUUCCGAAAAAUUACUUGAUGAAUCUGAUGAUUUUAAUGAUGAUCUUGAAGAUUAUGAACAAAAUGAACCAUUGACUGCCAGAAUUCGCAAUAUCAUUAAUAAUGCGGACGAUGCUGGAUCUAGAAAAUUCUAUCUAAUAGCAGAUGAUAGAUCCUUUAACACACGGAGUCCUGAUACUUCAUUAUUAACUCCAGAAAUGGACCUAUGGCAAGGACCUGCAUUAUGGGUAUAUAAUGAUUCGGAAUUCACUGAAAAAGAUUUUAAAUCACUUAGAAAUUUAGGAAGAAGUGAAAAAUCAAAAGAUAAUACUAAGAUUGGAAGAUUUGGAAUAGGAUUAAAUUGUUGUUAUAAUAUAUCGGAUGUAAUAAGUUUUGUAAGUGGUGAAUAUAUCACUUUCCUAGAUCCAUCGCAAAAAUGGUUACCCAAGACUGGUAACCCUCCAAGAAAGCCUCGUGGUCUAAGGAUUAAUUUUAUCGAAAAGGAUUUCAAAAAAAGAUAUUCUGACCAAGCCAAGCCCUAUAUGAAUAUUGAAGGGUGCGAUUUUAGUAAAAGGUUUAAUGGAACCUUAUUUAGAAUACCUUUAAGAACAAGAUCGUUGGCAGUACAAAGUGAAAUAUCAGAUAAAGCUCCGUCUCUUCGUGAAUUGGUCGAUAUUUUCAGUAGAAUUCAAGGAAGUCACGAGAUGUUAUUUUUAAGGAAUAUAGAAAGUUGUGGUUUACAUUUCAUAUAUCAAAAUCCUGACCAAGGUCGAAAAGUAUUUUGGGAAUCCAAGAUCGAGAAUUUAACGGAUCUCAUCCGCGAACAACGACUUUUACUUUCUUCUGAAUCACGGUUAUUUCAACUCGAAAUUGAAACAAAUAGAUUAAGGGGUCUUACUGCGAAUUCUGAAAUUUGGCUUAUUUGUUCUGGUGGAAUUGAUAUAGUUGCAAAUUUUGAUUUAGAGUCAUUUUCUCUCAAGAACAAACUUUUACCAAGAGGUGGCGUUGCUUCACUACUUGCACAAUCUGAUGAACCAUUAGAAAGACUAAAAACAAAACCGUUCCCAAAUCCACCCCAGCUUAGGGGUAGAAUGUAUUCGUAUUUAUCUUUACCAAUCCCUACGGGUUUGAAUGUUCAUCUCAACGGAACGUUCGCUCUUUCUAGUGACAGGAAAAGUCUUUUGCAAUAUGAUAGUGAUUUUAUGCUUUUGGAAACUCCAGAAAACAAAUGGAAUGAAUAUAUUUUAUUCAAUGUUCUUCCACCUUUACACGCGAAGCUUUUGGAACAAAUAGCAUUUUUAGAUCAUAAACGAUUCUUACAGUCGCCAAAGAAACAGUUUGAACCAAUUACAUCCACAAUACUAUGGCCAAUUGUUAGAGAAACAAAUCAUAUAUUCGUAGACUACGGAAAAAAAUUAAUGCAACAAUUGGAACGCGGAGAUCAUAAGAUUUUUUGGACACUUGCAAACGGAGGGAUGUUUACCUCUCAUAAAAAUGCUUAUUUUGCAGUACCAAAGCUUAAAAAUAUUGCCAAUGUUCUCGCGACUUUAAAUAUACCAACCAUAAAAUUAACCGAAAAUCAAAUGAGUGAUCUUAUGAAAUCACUUCCGAUGACCAAAACUAUUACUGUUCAAUUGAUUUGUAAUGUUUUUUAUGAAAGCCCUAACGUCUGGGAUUCUUUUGACCUGCCUCACAACUUGGUUAUUAAUUUAUUAAAGUUCAUUUUUCAAAAUGGUAAUGAAACAGUCAUGAAUUUCCGUGGACUUGCUUUAGUACCAUUACUUGAUGGAACUGUUGGGAUAUUUGGUCAUCAAAAUUAUUAUAUAUCGUCAUUACAUAUGCGAAACUUAUUUAAAAAUGUGGAGAAAUCAAAAUUUGUUGCUGAACUUCCACCAGAACUUGACACAAUAUUUAAAGAUGAAGCUUUUGGUCAUGUCAAUGGAAUCAAAUUUCUUGAUCUUGAUGCGUCAGCAGUUCUUGACUUGUUAGAAUACGAGUUACCUUGUAAUCAAGAAAUAUGUUGGAAUCCUUCCGAAGAUACACAUCCGAACCAACAAUGGAUAGAUCAGAUUCUUGCGAUAUUUAUGUUUGAAAAUUCACAAUACGAUUUCUUAGAAUUUUCAAAGUUUCCAUUAUUACCGAUGGAAUGGCCAGAAAAAAAACUCGUCUUAUUUAAUCCUUAUGAUCCUUUACUAUUCUUGUCUUCAGAUUUGUAUGAUUAUGGACCAAUGAUUCCGAUAUUAUCAAAAUUAGGAGUUAGGUUUACGUGUAAGCCUCCUCCUCAAAAUAGUGGGCUUAACCCAAAUCUUGCAAUUAUUAGAGAAUGUAUUCUUUUAUCAACUCCAACAAAUAUGGUUGAAUCUCUUAAAAGAGCUGUUUCAAAAUCAUCGAAAACAUUAGACCAAGUAUUUUUGGAUCUUAAUUCAGAAGAAAUUGAAAAGUUUAGAACUUUCAUUCGAAAUGUAUCUAAAUUCAAUUUGGCAAAGGAUGUUAUGCUAUACCUAGGUGCAUUGCCAAUUUGGUCAACACAUUCGCAAAAAGAUAAUUUUAUUUCUGCAAGAUCUGGUGUAUUGCUACCAAUGGAUACCCCUUUUUUCCCAUUCCAACAAACUGCAAAUAUUUUCUCUGUGAAUUCAGAUGAAGAUUAUAAUAUGUUUGUUUUACUUGGAACUAAACAAAUCGAAAUAUUUGAAUACAUCAAAGAACAUUUAAGCCCUCACUUGGCAAAUAUUGCACCAAAUAAGCAAUUUGUGGAUUUCUUAACAAAAGUUCUUUCUUUAAGGGAUCCCAAGAUCGAAACUUAUCUCAAAUCCAUUCCAAUAAUUCCAAAUCGAUCACUUACAAAACUUUACAAAGCAGAAGAUUUGUAUUCUGAAAAUGAAGAUCUAUUUCGUACAGUCUUUCAAAGUUCUGAUAAAUUCUUGCCGCCUGAUUUACAAGGAGAUAAUAACUGUCUACAAGGUCUGGAAAGGAUGGGUCUAAAUGUUCGUGUAAAUCCUCAAACAUUUAUGGCCUGCGCUAGAAAAAUUCAUUCCGACUUGCAACAACCAGAUACUCAAUUUAGUAUCAUGAGAUCUCGAGCAAAAAUUGUAAUAAAUUAUUUAUAUGAACAUCUAAUGGAUUUAAUUUUCACGCCUCAGCAAUGGAAAGAAUUAAUACGUAUUAAAUUUGUACCAGCAGAAACUGAUUUUCGUAGUCCAUAUAAUGAUCACGCUAUGAAAACCACUGGAUUCGAAUCUUUGAAUUCAUUAUGUUGUCAGGAAUAUAAGCACCUUUGUUGGACAAAGUGUCCUUUAUUUGAGGCAACUGUUGAUCCGCCUAAAAAUUUUUUGGAAGAAUGCCCCAAGUUGGGUAAACCUUUAUUUUCACAAAUAAUUGAUAAUUGGCGUUAUGUUGCUUUAGAUAUAUUUCAAUCCAAUACUGCUGCUGCAUCAUGGAGGUCAGAUGACGUGUUAGCCAUAUUGAAAGAAAUAUACGCAUAUAUAAAUGAUAUGCUAAAAUCGGAUAAUGACGAAAAUAAGAGCAACAUAAAUUACCUGAGAAAAAUUUUAAAUAGUAAUGAACCACCUAAAUUAUUUUUAAAUAGUAAUGAUCCAUUUGAUUCCGAAAAGUGGUUGGCAGGGCAACACCUAGUGUUUGGUAUCAAAGAAGAUAUUUUACCAGGUUUAUAUAAAGUUCAUCCAUUUUUAGAAGAAUAUAAAGAAUUAUUGAAGAUCGCUGGCGCAAAAGAACUAAAAGCUGUUGAAUCCAAUGUUAAUGUCAGGAAACAUUCACAGAAAGAUGAAUUGAUUAAGGAACUAUUAAAUAGCUUCGAAAUGCAAAGCGAGACUAAACAUCACGAUGUUGUUUUUUGCAUUUAUAAUGAUGAUAGAAUUGAAAAAGUUUACGCUAACCGAUAUGUUCUUUCUGCUUCUUCAAAUUAUUUCAGAGCAAUUUUUGGUGGGCAAAUGAUUGAGUCUACCGAAUCCCAAAGAGUAACCGUGGAAAUUAAUGAUAUUCUACCUUACACAUUCCGAGUUCUUAUACGCUGGCUUUAUGGUCAAUCGUUUGAAGACGCAACAUCAAAUAUGUUUGAAGCACCUGAAGAUCAAUCUUCAGAUCAAUCUUCAGAUUCUGAAGCAAGAUGUUUAACAUUCUUGAUAGAUUUACUUAAAGCAUCUGAUAUAUAUCAAGUAGAUCCACUUAAAGAUAUUAUUGAAGAAAAAAUUAUUACAAAGUCAUAUGUCAAUGUUAAUAAUGUAGUAGAGAUUUUAAAAUGGGCUCAAGAAUGUAGUGCACCUCAACUAGCGAAAUAUUGUGAAAAAUACAUUGAAUUAAAUAGGGAGCUUAUAAUACAAAAAAGGAAGGAUAAUAUAAACAAUGCAGAAAAUGAGGAAGACAGACAACUAGAAAAAGAAAUGCUGAAUUGUUUAUAUCAAAAAACAAUUUGCCCAGCUUAUUGUCCUAUAGAUCAAAAAGGGUUCGAGAGGCAAACAAGUCAUGACAUGAUUGAUAUAACUCUAGAUGUUCUCGAAGCAGCAUAUGUUAAUAAAGGGAUUACAUAUGCGCAAUUCGUUUUUAAUCAUGAGUAUUAUGACAUCCUGAGUGGUUGGAAGUGGACUGUUUUCCUCAAUACCAUAAUAUGGGCAGGUAAAUUUUGGCAACUGCUAAUAAGUCGUAGCAAUUGUGAUGAGUAUACACAAUUCAUGUAUCGUGAUGUAUCUUAUUUAAGUUCAUUGAACUCUGAAGGAGCACAAACGUUUGUACAUACACCUAGCAUUGAUAGUGACUUAGGGGUUUAUCCACUACAAGUAGGAUGGAUCUUCGAGUACAUCAAGGAAAAACAAAACGUAUCUCAAAUCAGAUUACAAAACAAUAACAAGUUAACAACAAAGUAUAACAAUAAUCCAUUCUUCCAAGAUGCAUUAAGGCAGAUAAUAAAGAAGAAAUUGGUUAACAAGGGGACUUUUGAGCAGAUAUUUAACAAUCACGCGAACAAAGCGAUGGAACUGCUGAAGAGAUUGGGACUUGCUAUGUUUAUUAAAAUAGUUUUUGCGGAUGAGGAUAAAACAAAUGAUUUGGAUUAUUUAAAAAAAAUAAUAUUGCCAGUUUCAUACCGUAUUCUUGACUACCCCAUGGGCGUUAUGAUGACUUCAGGGUGUAACGCAUCUAAUCGUACUUUUUAUUCUAUUCGAAACGGUAUUCACUCUCAAAGAACUUGUCCAUUGUAUAAGAUCAAAUUUUUAGUUUCUGCACCC